AUGGCGCUCUUCUUCUCCUUCACCACUCCACUUGGAAUCGCGAUCGGCAUGGGGAUUUCCAAGGUCUACAAAGACAACAGUCCGACUGCUCUGAUAGUGGAAGGCGUUCUCAACUCGGCGUCGUCGGGAAUCUUAAUAUACGUGGCGCUCGUGGAUUUGUUGGCAGCCGAUUUUAUGAGCCCAAAAAGUACAAGCCAGUGGGCGACUUCAGAUCGGAGUUCAAAUUGCUCUUCUUCUAGGCGCUGGAUUUAG